AUUGCACAACACGACUCGCGCGUCAUGCAACGAACGAUUCGAGUGUCCAUUGACCGCGGCGGUACCUUUACGGACGUCUACGCUGAGAUGGGAACUUCCGACAGCGAUGUGCAAGUCAAAGUGAUCAAGCUUCUGUCGGAAGAUCCCGCCAAUUACCCCGAUGCCCCUCGGGAAGGGAUUCGCCGCAUUUUGGAGGAAUUUACAGGCAUCCCACACCCAAGAAAUCAACCUGUGGACACUUCUCGGCUCGAGUACAUUCGCAUGGGCACGACUGUCGCGACAAAUGCAUUGCUCGAGCGCAAUGGCGAGCGCACAGCUCUCGUCAUCACAAAGGGGUUUCGUGAUUUACUGUACAUUGGAAAUCAAUCUCGCCCCAAAAUUUUCGAUUUGGAAAUCACAUCUCCUGAUAUGCUGUACGAAGAAGUUGUUGAAGUGAACGAGCGUGUGCAGCUUGUGUUUGGAAACGACCGCCAACCCUCCGACAUUCGCGGGAUUAGUGGCGAUUACGUUCGCGUGAUCAUGCCGCCCAACCUCGACGAACUCCGCGUUCAACUAUCGGCCGUGCGAGCCAAAGGCAUCAAGAGCGUUGCAGUCGUGCUCGUGCAUUCGUACACAUUCAUGCAACACGAACAAUUGAUCGGGGCAUUAGCGCAAGAGCUCGGCUUUUCUCAAAUCUCGUUGUCGUCGGACAUCAUGCCCAUGGUCAAGAUGGUCCCGCGCGGGUUUACGUCGUGUGCUGAUGCGUACCUCACUCCGGUCAUUAAGGACUACCUGCAUUCGUUUUGCUCGGGGUUUGACGCUAACCUGAAAGACGUCAAGAUCAGUUUCAUGCAAUCGGACGGUGGACUCACUCCAAUGUCGUCCUUUUUUGGCAACCGCGCGAUCUUGUCUGGUCCUGCUGGAGGCGUCGUUGGGUAUGCCCGCACGACUCGCCCUCCUCGUCUUCCUGCACCGUUGCCAGUCAUCGGGUUCGACAUGGGCGGGACGUCGACCGACGUUUCGCGGUACGACGGCACGUUCGAGCACGUAUUCGAAAGCGUGACGGCAAAUGUCCCGAUUCGUGCCCCCCAGCUCGACAUUCAAACGGUGGCUGCUGGUGGCGGGUCUCGUCUGUUUUACAAGAAUCAACUAUUUGUUGUUGGUCCAGAAAGCGUCCGCGCCCAUCCCGGCCCCGUUUGUUACCGAAAAAACGGCCACCUCAGUGUCACGGACGCGAAUUUGGUCACCGGCCGCAUCGUCCCUCGCUAUUUCCCGCAUAUUUUCGGUCCUAACGAGAACGAACCGUUGGACGUGGAAGGCACACGCAAAGCGUUCAAAGCCCUCACGGACGAGAUCAAUGCGUCCCAAAAUACGUCGUACUCGAUCGAAGAAAUUGCGUCGGGCUUUUUGCGCGUCGCAAACGAAGCCAUGUGUCGCCCGAUCCGAAACUUGACCCAAAUGCGAGGGUAUGACAUCACGACCCACGUGCUGGCGUGUUUCGGUGGCGCGGGGCCACAACAUGCGUGCUCGAUUGCCAAGGCCCUUGGGAUGAGCAAAGUGUACAUUCAGCGAUACAGUGGCAUCCUGUCGGCGUACGGAUUGAGUUUGGCCGACAGCGUCAUCGACAAGCAGUUGCCGGCGUCGUGCUCGUACGUUCCGUCGGAAAAGGCGUCGCUCGUUGCCAAGUUGCAGUCUCUGGCGUCGGUGGUGUUGGCGGACCUGAAGGCUGAAGGGUUUGACGAAGCCCACAGCACGUUGGAAUAUUUUCUGAACCUGCGUUAUGAAGGAACGGACACGGCCCUCAUGACUCGCGCUGUGCUGCCUGCUGGCAAGAGCGUCGAGGCGGCGCUCCUCGAGUUUGACUUCGGCGCGGCGUUCUCGGCCAAGUACCAGCAAGAGUUUGGGUUCUUGUUGCAUGCGCGGUCGGUCUUGGUCGACGAUAUUCGUGUCCGCGGGACGUUUUCCCCCCCGUCCAACACUCAAAAGGUCAACACGGCGCUGCCGGCAGUGUCGGCGUCGCCCCACGCGACGUCUCCAUUGUACUUUGAUGAGUUGAAGACGUGGAAGGACGUGCCUGUGUACUUGCAUGCCGAGAUGCUCAACACGCAAACGAUUGUACAAGGACCUGUCAUCAUCAUGCAAAACCAAGCGACAGUCGUCGUGGAAUCCGAGUGGACAGCCGAGAUCUUGCCCAACGGCGACCUCUACCUCUUCCACUCAGCGCCUGCGUCGCUGGCAGACCAAGCUCACAACGAAAUCGAGGAUGUCCCCGUCGUCAUGGAUCCCAUCCAGCUGUCCGUCUUUUCGCAUCGUUUCAUGGGCAUUGCCGAGCAAAUGGGACGCACAUUGGCGCGCACAUCCGUGUCUGUCAACAUCAAGGAACGCUUGGAUUUCUCGUGCGCAUUGUUUGGACCUGAUGGCGGCCUCGUCGCCAACGCCCCGCACUUGCCCGUGCACUUGGGGGCCAUGCAACAAGCUGUUCGCUUUCAGAUGCAACAUUGGGGUGAUGACAUCGUCGAGGGAGAUGUCCUGGUGUCAAACCAUCCGCAGUUGGCCGGUGGCAGCCACUUGCCAGACAUCACGGUGAUGACGCCGGUAUUUGAAAACGGUCGCAUCGUGUUUUUUGUCGCCAGUCGUGGCCACCACGCCGACAUUGGCGGCAUUGCGCCGGGCUCGAUGCCUCCUCUUUCCAAGACGUUGACGGAAGAAGGUGCUGCUAUCGUCGCAUUCAAGUUGGUCGAUGGUCGGUCGGGGCAAUUCCAAGAGCAAGGCAUCACCGACAUUUUGCUGCAAAAGGGAAAGGUCGACUCGAACGGCCGCCCUGCCAUCGGCACGCGCAACCUUCGAGACAACCUGUCCGACUUGAAAGCCCAAGUCGCCGCCAACCAACGCGGCGUCCUCCUCAUGCACGACUUGAUUGCCGAGUAUUCGCUCAAGGUCGUGACAGCCUACAUGUAUUUUAUCCAGGACUCUGCGGAAAAGGCCGUGCGGAACAUGCUCCACUCGUUCUCGCUCGCGCAAAAUCUGCCAGAAGUUGGCAGCGUGACGGCAGAAGACUUUAUGGACGACGGCACCCGCCUGGCCCUCAAGAUCACAAUCGACCGACGAAACGACAGCGCAAUUUUUGAUUUCACUGGCACGGGCGCCGAAGUGUACGGCAACAUCAACGCCCCGCCCGCAGUCACAUAUUCUGCGAUCAUCUACUGCUUGCGGUGCCUCUUGGACGGCGACGAUCUGCCGUUGAACCAAGGCUGCCUCACACCCAUCCAAGUAGUCUUUCCGGAGCAUGGCAGUAUUUUGAACCCUAGCUCCACGGCGGCCGUCGUCGGUGGCAACGUUACAACAUCCCAACGGGUCACGGACGUCAUUUUCCUCGCCUUUCGUGCGUGCGCCGCAUCGCAGGGCUGCAUGAACAACCUUACGUUUGGCUCGUCGACGUUGGGCGGCUACUACGAGACAAUCGCAGGCGGGGCGGGCGCUGGUCCGCACUGGCACGGCCGCAGUGGUGUCCACACACAUAUGACCAACACCCGGAUCACAGACCCCGAAAUUCUUGAAAAGCGGUACCCCGUCCUGCUCAACGCGUUCGGACUGCGUUCGGGCUCGGGUGGGGUUGGUAAAUUUGCAGGCGGCGAAGGUGUCCAUCGCGAACUCAAGUUCAUGGCACCCAUGACGGUCAGCAUCCUGUCGGAGCGUCGCGCGUUUCAACCAUACGGCUUGCUUGGGGGAGGGCCUGGUGCUCGAGGACACAACCUGCUGACGUACUCGGACGGGCGAACGGUCAAUUUGGGCGGAAAAAACACGGUGGAAGUCGUGCCCGGUGACGUGCUGACGAUCCUGUCGCCUGGCGGUGGCGCCUACGGGGCUCCCACGCCGUAAAUGCAAUGCACUAAUCAAAAACUUCCAAGUACGA